AAGCAGAGGUUGAGGACAGUAGCAGGCUGCGACUCUCUUCCAGGGUUGGCAGUAGAUGGCACCGUCAAGGGUCGGACAAAAAAAAAGAAAACAGAAACCCUACAAUAGGUAGUUCAGCCAUCUGUGUGAAUGAAUCCCCGACAUGUAUUAUAUAUCAAAGAUUACUGAUCAGGAGAAGCAGACUCAGAAGCAACAGUGAAGCGGAGGGUGUCAAAGCCAGUGUGUAGAAGAGGAACACAGAGAGGUUCAGACAUUCCCAGCACUGACGGCAAUGCUGUUUGAGUUGUCAAAGGCAGCUGGUUUUGAUUUUGUUUGCACACUCUGAAGGGUUUGAUUUCAGUCUUGUCUUUCGGGCUCUCGAGUGACGCAGACUUUCGUUUGAAGAGGAGCCCUGUGUUUUGGCUCGCAGGGUCAUUGUGCGGAAACAGUUUGAACAAUGAGGGGCCUGUGCAAAGCGGGGAGAAGUGUCAGCGAGCACGCCGUGGGGAGGGCAUGCCAUUGCAAAAAACUAAAACAUGAGCUCAUCUUUGCUAAUAAAUUAAAGGCAGCUCUGCGGUCUGGUGGUUUUUAAAGAGGACAAGGUGACAUUAACGAAGGAAACUGUUCAAAACUUAUCUGCACAUCACCCUGAAUUUUUGAUCCGAGGGGCGUGGCCGGCAGCAGUCGAUCCAGCCAGUUGGCAACGAAGAGGGGUGUGCGUUGAUCCAGUCGUGGGGAAGAUGUUGGUUAGGGGGCGGGAGCUCUCUCUGGGGGGUGUGGCUCUCCUGCUGUGGCUUUGCUGUGGGGUGGGCGGGAUCGAAGUACCGCUGGACCCAAGAAUUCAACAAGAGAUUAAACAGCCUCCAACCAUCACGAAGCAGUCAGUGAAGCACUACAUCGUGGACCCCAGAGACAAUAUCAUUAUCGAGUGUGAAGCCAAGGGGAACCCCAUACCCAGUUUCUCGUGGGCGCGGAAUGGGAAGGUCUUCAAUGUGGCGAAGGACCCGCGGGUCUCGAUGCGGCACCGCUCCGGCACGCUGGAGAUCGGCUUCCGCAGCGGGGGCCGGCCGGAGGAGUACGAGGGGGAGUACCAGUGCUUCGCCCGGAACGAGUACGGCACUGCGCUGUCCAGCAAGAUCCUGCUGCGGGUCUCCAAGUCUCCUCUGUGGCCCAAAGAGAAUCUGGAGCCUCGGGAAGUGACUGAGGGCUCUCCCAUCAUCCUGCCCUGCAACCCUCCCCCUGGACUGCCUCCCCCCCUCAUCUUCUGGAUGAACAGUGCUAUGAUGCCAAUCGUUCAGGACAAGCGUGUCUCCAUGGGGCUGAACGGGGAUCUCUACUUCUCCAACGUGGUGGCCAUGGACGCGAUGACAGACUACAGCUGCAACGCCCGCUUUCAAUUCACACACACGAUCCAGCAGAAGAACCCUUUCUCCCUCAAAGUGAUCACCAAGGAGCCCCAUAACGAUACGUCCUCUCUGAACCACACUGACUAUUACAGUGCUCGCGGAGUUCCAGAGACCGCGCCUGCCUUUCUCUCUCCCACGGGAACCGCGAGCUCCAAGACGGUCCUGCGCGGAGAGGAUCUGCUUCUGGAGUGCAUCGCCUCGGGAGUGCCCACCCCCGACAUCAAGUGGUUUAAGAGAGGGGGGGAACUCCCCGCCCUGAAGACGAAGCUCGAGAACUUCAACAAGACGCUACGCAUCAGCGGGGUAUCUGAGGAGGACUCAGGGGAGUACUUCUGUCUCGCCAACAACAAGAUGGGGGGGACCCGCCACGUAGUAGCUGUGACAGUGCAAGCUGCCCCCUACUGGCUGAAUAAGCCCACUAACCUGGUUCUGGCCCCUGAAGAAGAUGGGAGGCUGGUGUGUCGAGCCAAUGGGAACCCCAAACCCACCAUCCAGUGGCUGGUCAACGGAGAGGCCAUAGAGAAUGCCUCCCCAAACCCGAGCCGCAAGGUUUCCGGUGAUACCAUCGUCUUCCGUUCGGUGCAGAUAGGCGGCAGCGCUGUGUACCAGUGCAUCGCCUCCAACAAGCAUGGCUACUUGCUGGCUAACGCCUUUGUUAAUGUACUGGACAUGCCACCACGUAUGCUGGCCCCGUGGAACCAGCUUAUCAAGGUGAUCGAGAACAACCGCACCCUCCUCGACUGCCCCUACUUUGGCUCUCCACUUCCCACGCUGCGCUGGUUUAAGAACGGACAGGGCAGUAACCUGGACGGGGGGCAGUACCGCGUCUACGACAACGGGACUCUGGAGAUCAAGCGUGCUCGCAAGGAGGACCAGGGCACCUACACCUGCGUGGCGACAAACAUCCUGGGCAAGGCCGAGAACCAGGUCCGCCUCGAGGUCAAAGAGCCCACUCGGAUCAUCCGAGGCCCGGAGGACCUGAUGGCGAAGCAAGGCACGCCGGCCCGGUUCGACUGCCGCAUCAAGCACGACCCCACCAUGCGCCCCACCGUCAUCUGGCUCAAAGACGACAAAGCGCUGACCUUGGGCUGGAGAGGUUUUGUACAGACUGUAGGAAAGUGGUUGAAGGAGGUGGAGGGAAUGUUCUAUCCCAGGGUGAAGAAAGACGAGGAAUCGAUGACCAUCAGAAAUGUGAAUGAGAACGACGAGGGUCUUUACACUUGUGUGGUGAGCACUGAGCUGGAUGAAGACUCUGCCACAGCGCGCCUCACUGUCUUGGAAUCAACAUUAACUUCUACCAGCCGUACUGGAAUAAUUCCAGACCGCCCAGAUCCCCCUGUGGACCUGGAGCUGACCGACCCCUCAGAGAAGAGCGUGAGGCUCACCUGGAUACCCCAGGAUGAUAACCACAGCCCAAUUACAGAGUUCCUCGUUCAGUAUGAAGAGGACCGAUGGGAGAGGGGGAAGUGGCACAAUCUGUCCAGUUACCCUGGCAACCUCAACUCCGUCAUCCUGCAGCUGUCUCCCUACGUCAACUACCAGUUCCGUGUCCUGGCGAUCAAUGAGAUCGGAGCCAGCAACCCCAGCCAGCCAUCCGAGCGCUACCAGACCAGCGGGGCCCCUCCAGAGUUGAUUCCCCAAGGCAUUCGCGGUAAGGGUUCGAGGAAGACGAACAUGGAGAUCACCUGGGAGAUGAUUCCGGGGAUGGAUCAAAACGGACCUAACUUUCGCUACGUGGUGUGGUGGCGGCGGAGGGACUCCCGUGAGGAGUGGAAGAACAUCACGACCACGUACCUGAAGUACGUCGUGACCGACACCGACACCUACAUCCCCUAUGAGAUCAGAGUGCAGGCUCAGAACGACUUUGGGCUGGGCCCUGAGGGCCCCAUAGUGAUCGGCUACUCGGGGGAGGACUACCCCAGAUCAGCCCCCAGCAACUUACGGGUCAGGCCAUCCGCCACCAAAGCCGUGGUGUACUGGACCCAUGUCUCAGCAGAGAGCGUGCAAGGGGAGCUGAAGGAAUACAAGGUGUAUUACACACGGGAGAGCAGCCAGCUCAGGGGUCUCAGUGUGUCUCGGGUGAAGAAAUGGACCAGCUUUACUUCGUGGACGUCCAGGCCCUCAGGCGUGGUGUCCGGUCUCUUCCCCUACAGCAACUACAAGCUGUAUAUGGUGGCUGUAAACGGCAGGGGGGAGGGGCCUCCCUCCGUCACGGUGGACUUCCAGACCCCCGAAGGAGUGCCUGCUGUCCCAAAAUACUUACGAAUUCAGCAGAGGAACGUGGACGCCAUAUACCUGGACUGGGACCACCCAGUGGAGCCUAACGGCAUCAUCACAGGAUACCUCCUCAAGUACCAGACUGUGAAUGGGUCUCGGACUGGAAAGAUGAUAACAGAGAACCUCUCUGCCAACACCACCAGUUACACGCUGCGACGAAGUGACCGCUACACGCGAUACAAGUUCUAUCUGAGCGCCCGGACACAAGUGGGUUCAGGAGAGGUGUACAUCGAGGAGUCUCCCGACUUCGCCAACGAAGUGAAUGCCAGCUCAGUUGUUCCAUCGCUACCACCCACCCCAACGGUUUUGGUAAGCGCCGAUACCUCUCCCAGCACCACCACCACCACAACUACUACUGCUGCUACUACCACUACUACUACUCCAGCUCCAACUCCCACUGCUACUACUGUCGCCAUGACGACUACAACCAAGAGUCCUUUGUCAGCUAUCACUGACAUUCAAAUGCGUGAAACCCCUGUGAGCAGAAAGAUCUGGAACCUGACGGUCUCUCCUAACAGUAACUAUGUUAAUAUCAGCUGGACUCACAACUUCCUUCCCGACGCCACCGAGUUUGUCAUUGAGUACACCGACAGUAACAAGACAGUGAGAAGCGUGACGGUCAAACACGAGACCCCCGUCAAGCUGGCCGGGCUGGCGGAGGGGGCCAAGUACAGUGUGCGGGUUUACUCUCGAGAGUACGACUUCAUCAGCAGCAAGACCGUCCCCUUUGAGACCAGCGCAGCGUACACCAAGGACCACGUGGACAUCGCCACCCAGGGCUGGUUCAUCGGGCUGAUGUGCGCCAUCGCUCUUCUGGUGCUGAUCCUCCUCAUCGUCUGCUUCAUAAAGAGGAGCCGCGGAGGCAAGUAUCCAGUGCGGGACAAAAAGGACCUUCCUUUAGAUCCCAUGGAGCAUAAGGACCAGGAUGGGUCUUUCGAUUACCGGAAUGAGAACAGGUCUCUUGAAAGGUUAAACCGUGUUACCACACUUCCGUAUAUUAAACGCGAUGAGGAUAACAAGCCCCUGCAGGGCAGCCAGACCUCUCUGGAAGGGACUAUCAAGCAGCAGGAGAGCGAUGACAGCCUGGUGGACUACGGAGAAGGGGGGGAUGGCCAGUUCAAUGAGGACGGCUCCUUCAUCGGCCAGUACACUGUCAAGAAGGACAAGGAGGAAACUGAGGGCAACGAGAGCUCCGAGGCCACGUCUCCUGUCAAUGCCAUCUACUCGCUGGCGUAACCCUGCCAUGGGGGGUGGGGGAGGGGGGAGAGUGCUGCUGACUGACACAAAGACACCAAGAACCAAGAACACCACGCAGGAAUACACCACUGUUCAAAGAAUAGGAGCAGGUCAGGAAACUGCACCCAGUGUCCACCAUCUUGGAUCCAGCCGGUCUACAGUUACAGCAGGAUAGAUCCAAGUUGGAGCCACAAUGGGACCAGUUUCCUAACCCUACUACUCUAAACCGUAGUACAGGCAGAAGUGGGAGAGUGCAAAGGAAGUCCAUGUAGGUCAGCGAUGAGAGUGAGAGGAGACAUGGUGAUAGGGUUGUUUAGAAAGACAAUCCUGCUCCAGGUCUUUGUCCCAAUCAGGCCUGUACAUACAUAUAUAAGCUUAUUGACGUGCCAUUUCCAUUGCACAGCUGCACCCGUCAGAUACAAGAGCAGUUCUGAUGAUUUUAUCAUAUUGAUAUCAAUAGCGUAUAUUUUUGUCUUGUUGUCUGGUGUGUAUAAAGUGAUUGAUGCAAAGUUAUCUGACCUUCUAUAUAUGUGGCUCUGCCUGCUGUAUAAUGUAGUAUACUACAGGUGGGAUCUGCGCAGUUAAAAGAUUUCAGAGUCAUGUGACUUUCUGUAAUGGGAAAAUCAAAGACAAGGCACCGGAAACUAUAGCCAGCUAGAAAAACAUCCCACAGAAUGAUAAACGUAAAAAAAAAUGAUGGGAGGGAAAAAAGCAAUUUACUCUGCAAAGUAGACUUGUUAUAGAACAUGUAGACUUUAUUGUGCAAUGGAAAACCGGUUCAAAAACAGCAUGGAGGACCCAACUGGAAGGAAAAUCCGAACUAGAAUACCCCUGGUUGGGUGGUAUUUUUGCAAUGACUGGAGAGCAGAAGCUUGGUGUUCUCUCAAAGAGAAGGCUGCCCACAUGGUCAGUUUUAAGAUCCUGCUCCUUUGUUUCUUUUCUGAUUAUUUUUAUUGUAUCCAGAGCAACCCCACCCCUGCUCCAGCUCACCCAUCCCUGCUCCAACUCAUCCAUCCCUGCUGCAGCGACUCCCUGCGUCAGAAGCCAAUGGGGCCACACGGAUCAGCCUCACUGGAACAAGAGGCAUUGGCUCACCCACCACUGACUGAACCGAGGGGGAGAAAACGUGACAGACCCGCUUCCUCUCCUCUCCCCACCACCAUCAUCCUGUGUAUCUUACUCCCAGAGAAAUAGCAAAGAGCACCCCAGUAAACGCUCGAAACACACGCUACUUUACAAAACUGCCAAACAAAAACGCCUGCGACGUGUCAAGAGAAAAAAACUCUUUAAACGAUGAGAGACCAAAAAAAAAGGGAAAGGAUUUAAGCAGAGGUCAUCAGGAGAGAGCCUCAAAGACAGUGAGGCAGAAGUCGACACAGCCAGCCCCUAGCCAUCUCUUUUAACAGCAGAUGCACUCAACCAAACAGCUUGGAUACUGACAUCAGCCCUGGUUCCCAACGGGACCCAGUCUUUGGUUUUGCCUUUUUCUUUCUGCUAAGACCGAAACCCCUUUGACCUCUGUGUCCCCCUGCACAUUCACUGGACCCUGUAAAAUGACUAAUCUCCUGUUGUCAUUAUUCUGUAAAAAAUGGUACACCGCUUGAUCUAGUAAUUUAUAUGCAGCCUUGGCAAACCUUUGUUUGAGUGGCCCUGGACUGCUGUGCUUGUGUGUGUGCGUGUGUGCUUGUGUGUGCGUGUGUGUGUGUGCGCGCGUGUGUGUGUGUGUGGCAGAAGGUGUUUUAAGGUUUAAGUGGCGAGGGGUUUAUUUAUGUUGGCCGUUAAUGAAACCUAGAACUUAAAAUGUGGAUCCAAGGAGCAUGAUAUUUCAACUCACGUCUCGGAUAAAAGAGGAGUUUUUUUUUUCCCCCGUAUUUGGGGAUGUUGCCGGCUGAGCGGAAGGAAUGGAGGACACUGUAUUUUGAGGACUGUUUGAGUUUGUGAAAUAUGUAAAAGAUGCUGAUGUUCAUUCAGUUGUUUUGGAUUAUUAUUGGUUUUUUGUUGUUCAUUUCAUGCAUUGAGACAAAAUAGGGGUGUGCCAUUCCUGUGUAUUUACACGUGGAUUAACAAAAGGGUAGAGCUGAGGGACUGGGGUGUUUUCUGACCAUGUGCUUAGAGCUGAAGGACUGGGAGGCAGAGUGGGCCUGUAGUUAGAGCUGUAGUUUUUAAAAUCAAUUCCCAAUCCCAAUUCCUUUGAAGGAUUUGGAACUGGACUUGUUAUUUUAGAGACACACAUAAUUGUUUGUGAUUGCUCAAUGGCUUUCAUUUGAAGCCAAUUGACUAACAGUGACUUCUGUUAACGUAAUUUGUUGCCACUGUGAGCAGAUCAUUUUAACAGAACGCGGCUCAUUGCAAUUUUGAUCAAUGUCGUGUUGGAAUUGAUUAGAAGGGAAUUGAUUUUAAAAAGGAAUUGGAACUGAAAAACAGGAACUGACCUUAACCCUGGUGGACUUAAGCCAUUCAUAUAUUUUUAUAGGUGAAGACUUUGUCAAUUAGUCUUCAAAUUGCCCAAACUGGGUUUCCUUCAAAGAAAACUGUUUAUCUUCUAGCGGUUUCUGACAAAUGCUUAAUUAUCAAUAAAUUAUAUAUAUAUA